AUGGCGAGGGUUCACUCUUCACCGUUGGUAUGCUCGUCGUCGCCGGCGGCCGUGUGCAGGAGCGAGAAGAGGAAGGUGUUCACCCUGUGGCUGAAGUCGCUGGUCCUCAACGGGCGGGGCUGCACCGUGUACGACUCCGACGGCCUAAUCGUCUACCGCGUCGACAACUACGACUCCAGGUGCAGAGACAACAUCUGCCUCAUGGACCUCCGCGGCAACAUCGUCGUGAACAUACUCAAAAAGAAGCUCGCGUUCGGCAAGUGGGAAGGGUUCAAGUGGAGCGGCCGGAAGCAGGACCAGAGGGCGUGGUUCAAGGUGGCGCGGCCGUGCUUCCAACGGAGCCGCCGCCCGUCGUCGUCGCCGUGCGAGUUCGAGAGCGACGCCGGCCGCGCCAUGCGGUACAGGAUCGAUGACGACGGCGGGUGCCGCGCCGGGAAGCGGGCGUGCUGCAGGAUCGUCGACGCCGGCACCGGGCUGGUGGUCGCGGAGGUGAAGAGGAAGGUGACGGCGGGCGGGGUGGCGCUGGGGGAGGACGUGCUCGCCCUGGUGGUGGAGCCCGACGUGGACCACUCGCUCAUCAUGGGGCUGGUGCUCGUCUACGGCCUAAUGAAUCACACCAUGUGA